GUGGUUCAUCAUUCAAUAAUACACUUCCUCAGAUCAAUUUGAAAAAUAUAAACAUGUAAAACAAAAGGAAAUGGAUAUCUUGUAUGCUAAAAGCAAAAAGUUAGAAUCGACGAUUCAAGAAUUGGAAAGAGAUAAAAACGAUACUAAGGCUUUACUUAUCACAAAGGAUUUAGAGUUAGCAGAACUGAGAGCUAAAAAUACAAUACUUCAAAAGAUGAUUAACCGACAAGAAAUAUACUGGAAAACAUUACAGCUACAAAAGAAGAUAGAUCAAUUAGAGAAAGCUUUAUCUAAUUCAGAGACUGAAUAUAAAGAACAUAUAGAACGAAAAGAGGAUAGGAUUGAAUCACUACAGAAAGAGUUAAAUAGCAUGCAUGACUUGAAACAUCGUCUGUAUGAAAGUCAAGAAAAUUACAAUUCACUUCAAGUACGAACAAAUGAACUAUCCACUCAAAUUCUAGAGCUUGAAGAUCAUGUAGAGAGGAAGGAGAAGGAAAUAAAUGAUUUAAAUCUGCAUAUCGAUUCUAUGACCAACAUAACUACUGAACUCACUGAGCAAUUGGAGUAUCAUAAAGAGAAUGCAAAGGAAAUCUCACUACUUAAUAAGGAACUACACCAUCAAAUACACAGACAUGAAAAAGGGAUGGCUCUCUUAGAGGCACGUAUCACGAUUAAAGAAGAGGAAAUAGACGCUUUAUUAAAUACAAUUGACGAACAGAGUACUAUACUAAAUGAUAAAUCAAUCAUCAUUGAAAAAUUGGAAGAAAAGUUCAAGAUAUAUAGAGAAUGGAUAGAACGUACUGUUGUGCCUCAUUUAAGACAGCAUAAAAAAGCAGUGGAGCCUAAUUCGUUAAUAUCAGAAUUACAUAAGACUAAAAAGUUUUUAAAUAGACAAGCCAUCCAUAUCAAUGACCUCAAGUCAGAUAUACAUUGGCUAACUGUACAGAAUCGUCAAUUAUUAGUAUUCAUAUCUGACAUAUGCAUGGAUCAUGUAGAACAAUGGGAUUUAAAUUUAAAGUUUUCUACUACUAUGAAAAAAGAAACAAAAAAAUACAACUAAAAAGUAUACUAGUAGUAGUAGUAGUAGUAGUAGUAGUAGUAGCAGUAGUAGUUUUGUCGUAACAAGUAAAUACUUCUAAUCAUGAUAUAGAAACAACAACUAUCACGAAUAGCCAUCACCCAAUAUUAUUAUUAUCAAGAAUGAUUCCCGAUUUGAAGUCCUUGCUGUAGAAAAUGAAAUACCAUAAUUUUUCCUAUUACUAUUAUUUUUAAAUGGUUAUCCUAUCCACUAUAUACACACCAUCUUAUACCAUACUACUACAAAUAUUUUCUUCUUUUUUUCUUAAUUUUAUUUUCAAAUAAAUUCAUGU